AAUGCCAAUGUAGUCUCUGGGAUACUCUAGGGGUAACAGGAUUUCCUUGAGUGUAAGCAGUACUUAUCUCUUCACCAGCAAUGAGGAGCUAGUUACACAGCUCCACAUGAAGAGAUUUGAACAAAGAGAAAACUGUGAAAAAUUUCCUCAUUAACAGAAAAAGAAAGGACCGAAUUUUAGCAGCCUCUUUCUUACUUGUAUUGCUUCAACUUAGGAGUGAGUGAUAUACUGAACAGAGCAAGAUGAAUAACUCAGAAGAUACAACUGGGCAGGAGCACUGGAAGAUCCCAGGGGAUUUCCAAGGUCAUGCCCUCCCAGGAUCUUUCUUGAUUUUUUUGAGUCUUUGGUGGAAUUCAGUGAAUAUUCUGAAGUACAUCUGCAAAAAACAAAAACAGGUUUACCUUUAUUCCAAAGUGUGGAUCCAUCGAGCAGAACUUUUGGAUGGAGUUAUACUAACUGGCAUGGUUUUAUUUGGUGCCAUCAGCCUACAAAUAUAUGCUAUCUCAGGAAGCCAGCUGAUGUGGGUCCUGCGCUUGCACCACACAAUUAUAUAUACCUUCUAUGGGAUUCUGGGUGUGACUAAAAUCUUAAGCGCUACCAUUAAUUCAUUUCCAGCCUCCUUAACUAAAUUGGCAUUGUCAAAUGCCUUCCUUGUACAGACUUUUAUCAUGUACAACCACACUCAUGGCCGAUUCACAAUGGAUGUUUUUUUGCAUAAGAUACUGGCUCUUGCCACCUUUUCAGCAGGUCUGGUUUCCUUCAUGGAGAUCCUCAUAAAGAAUAAUAUAACUCUGGAACUAAUGCGGGCAAGUCUCAUCAUACUCCAAGGGACCUGGUUAUGGCAGAUCGGUUUUGUUCUAUAUAAUCCGACUGGAGGUUUUGAAUGGGAUCUGACAGAUCAUCGCAAUAAUAUGUUUAUUACCAUAUACUUUUGUUGGCAUUAUGCAUUUGCCUAUAUCAUCAUUGGAGUGAAUUAUGCUGUUAUCACUUGGUUGGUUAAAUGGAGACUUAGGAAAUUGGGCUUCUCACAAGUUCCACUCCUAAAAACCAUCGUGCAAGAAGAAGAAUCGGAAGAGAUGUGAACUGAUAUCAUGACAUGAAGAGUGUCGUCUGCCAUACACUGAAGUAAGGCAGUCUAAACCAAGAAAAUGUAGUAGACCCUGGACUGAAGCUAUUAAAACAUGGAGCAAGUA